GUUAAAUUCACGCUGUUUGUUUCUACAUUGUGCUGCGCUACGGAGAUAGGAUAUAUUUUAAAUAUUAAUGUGGAGAUGUAGGAGAAGAGAAGUCUCUUUUUUUGCAUUCCGCCCACGCAUUCUCUGCAUCAUAUGGGUUUUCAAUUUUCCACGCAAAACGAGGUUUUCAUAAAAUAUGUAUAUUGAAAUUCGCGCACUUUUUGCAUGGCUUGUGCCUAUAGAGCAUGCGCAUGUCGUCAAAGAACAUGUGGAUAUUGCGGCAUUGUGAAGAACUUGAUCGCUGCGCGUUUUGUCAGUAUAACAGGUAUCCUAACCUGUUAAGUAGUCAAUUUUACCGAUAUAUCUUUAAUAUUUCGCUUUUUAAAGCAGAACUUUUUUUGUCAGAUUUUUUAAUUCAUGCAACAACGCGUCAAAUGAGCAUAAUUUCAUCGAUAUCUGAGAAAAUGUCCCUAAACUGAACAAUUAUCUUUUUUAAAUAAUGAGAUUCAAUAAAAUUUUGGUUAAAACGUCACUCGCUUCGAGAAAGAAUGAGUUUCGAAAGAUUCUCAUGACAUAUUUGGGUUUAACUUCUACCGAUGUGGACCAAUUUUUUGAUAUAAGAAAAUCCACUCUUGAACUUCCUCCUUAUCGAAUAAAGAACAAUUGUCUGAUAUGUCAGAAAUAUAAUGUUAAUGUGGAUUCUUUAGAGAAACUUCACUACUUAAUGAAAUUGCAAAAUUAUUCCUUAGAGCAUAGAAUUCGUGUGUUUAAAGAAAUAGGAGUGCCAGUUAUAAAGGUGUCUCUAUUGAACAAUAUGUUUCAUUAUCUUCAUAAAACAGUAUCAAAUUUUAAAGAGAGGACUAAUAUUCCAGCCGAAGAAAAUAUUGUUGCAAAUAUAUUCGGUGGUAAAGUUCCUGAGAAUAACAUUUUGUUGAGGAAAUUGAAUGAUGAAUUGAAAGUUGAGGAAUACUAUCAGAUAUGUCUCUUGCAUUGCAAAAAUGAACUUUUGAAUUUAUCAUAUUUAGAUGAUAAGAUAUUAAUACAAAAAUAUUUAAAAGUAAAAAGUAUAGGCAUGAUUGAGGAGACAUUGAAAGUACUCAGGAAUGAUCUAAAUUAUGACGAUAAAAUGAUAAAAAAAAAUCCUUCAGUUAUCAUCGCUUCUCCUGAUAACAUUAAGACGUUGAUAAGUUUUCCAGAAAUCUUAGGAAUGCCGAGUGUAACGUUUUUGAGAAAAUACCCCUUUAUACUUCUCCAAGAUGCGGGUAAUACUAAACGAUUAUUGAUGACGUUCAAGCAAUAUAAAAUACCAGAUAAAAUGGUGAAAAAUUAUAUAAAUAUUUUUCUGCUGAAAAACGAAACUUUUAUUACGCGAAUUGAAAUGGUAAAACAUCACCCAGAACUGAAUUUGUGGUAUAUGCAUAAGCGAAUGCUGCAGAUUAUAUAUGAGAUAAAGAAGACAAAGCAUCGUAUGGGUUAUGUUGAUAUUAUGGAUUCUUCGAAAUGGGCUAACCCACAAUCGUUCCUAUCUACAACGGAAAGAUUGGAGAAAUCUGUGCAAACCGGCAUAACUUCACAUAAACAUUAUUUAAGACAUAUAUUGAUGAAGGAAUUGGGAGUAGACUUAAGUGAUUCACUAACAAGACAUCAACAUUGGAAAACGGCUGCGGCGUUUCAUGACAUCUUUAAGAUGUUAAAAUAUCUAAAAAUGAAUUUUACGAUAAAUGAGAUAUGCCCAAAUAUACACAUCGUAUUUUAUGAACAAUCCAAAGUGGAAAAAGUAUUGGCUGAUUUGAAACAACAAUAUUCUCAAAGUACAAAAUACUCGUUUACUAAUAGCCAAUAUCUUGCAUUGUGUCUGUACAUAAUGGAGAAAGAUUAUCAGUUCACAGGCAAUGGUGUUUGGAGCAAUGAAGGGAAGCAACAAUCUUCGAAAGAACAAAACACCAUCGAAAAGUCUUAUUUAGAUAAUAUAUAAGUAUAUUAUACAUAUCUAGGUCUUAUAUAGGUAUUAUAAAUCUUGUAUAAUACGAAGACUGUGGAAGAUACUGAUUAUCAUGUUACAAUAAUCAUUUGAGUACAAAAAAUAACAGUGAUAAUGAUACUGUUAAGAAUGUAACGCUCAGUAACAAUAUAGAAAUGGAAUAGAAAUAGUUAAAAUAACAAUAUACAUAAUGUACAUAAACAUUUUUACUUGUACAGAAUAUUUUACAGCGAUUUAUGUUUACAGAAAAUAGGUUGUAUAUUCAUAAUGCAACGCGUGUAAAAGUGGCGCGAAAAAA